CGUUCUGCUCAAACAACAAGCUUUGUCUCUUUCCUUCGCGUUUCCUAUCUCUGGCACCUUGUACACAAUAUCUUGAAGAAAAACGCGGUCUACGUAAUUUGUGUUCUAUUUGUUCACCCGAGACCUUGGAACGACUGUGAUACGCGAUCAUAAUGUCUGACGGAGAGGUAGCUCCACCUAUCGCUCACGAAGAGCAGGAAGAGGUUGCACCAAAGGUUGAGGACGCCAAUGCUCCUAUAAACAUCAAGGUGUUGUCAGCGCAGGGCGAAGAAGUGUACUUCAAGAUCAAGCGAAGCACAAAGCUAAGCAAACUACAAACGGCGUAUGCACAUAAAAUAGGGAAGGAAGUUAGCACGAUUCGAUUUUUGUACGAUGGUGAACGUAUCAACGAAGAUGACACGCCUGCGAGCUUGGAUAUGGAAGAGAACGAUACAAUUGAUGUAAUGGUUGAACAGGUCGGAGGCCGUGCAUGAUCUUCUCUGAUUUGGUCUUUCCUUGCUUGUUUCUAUUAUCGCUUUCGUUCAUCUACCUUUUCCCAGCCAUCUGUUACACGUUCGUGAAAGGUUUCCGUGUGUUGCAACAGCCUUUGUUGAUUCUUGAAUUUUGUCGCGUACUAUAAGAGCUUAAAAAAUUCAAAUAAGUUCAUUGGAGGUUUGGUGGACGUGCUGAC